GCUCAGGAGAAUAUAAAAGAACGCUGUAAAUUAAAAAUUCCAUAAACUAUUAAUUAAUUUCGAUUUUUGUUUUUUUCACAUAUAUAAACCUUCAUAAACAACAAUAUAAAUUAUGGAGGCUUUACUGAAAAAAUUGGAAGAAAAUCAACAAAUGACGGAAGCUGGUAAAGAGGAGCCACCGAAACCUUCACCCGCAAAAUAUAUGUCGAUGUUUCGCAUCGAUGGUAAACCAAUACUGCCACCAUUGAUGACCUCGGAAAAGAGGAAACAAAUGCACAAAUAUAAAGAAAAAGCUAUUAGAGUGGAACAAGAGCUGAUGGAGAGGCGGAUGCAAAAAUCAAAAAACAACGAUGGAACAGAUGAUAAAGUUAGUGAGACAUCACGCUCUUCUGCUAACAAUUGUAUUGGUAGUGUUUCUCAAAGAUCGCAAGACUUUUAUGAAGCCAAAAGCAGCGAAACGGAAGAGUCAUUGGCUUUAUUGCAGAAUCUUAUAGAGGGUCAGGACGAAAAUGAAAAAAAGGAGGGUGGAUCAGAAGAUAAUUACCAUUUCGUAAAUAAAAAUGCUGAAAUAGAUAAUUGCAAGCUGAAAAAAUUACAAAAAUCUGAAACAUUGGUCUAUGAUAAUAUUGCUCCUGAGGUAGUGGCAGCAACUGCACAGAAACGGAGUUUGGGAGAUUGCAAGAGGCAACUUUUGGAAUUGGAACGUAAGGCCAACUUAAAUUAUUUGCAACCAAAGAAACCAAAAUUUCUACUGCUGCCUAAUAAGAAUAAAACGUUGAAUUCUAGCAUACCUACCAUAUGUGUAAAUCCUCCCACCCCUGUUGUAGACGUAGAAAGUGCAAAUCAGCCAAGCGUUGAUAGGGAAAGCACUGAUAGCCUUACAAUUUCAGAAACUCCUUCAAAAGCAACCGCGUAUCCAGACGACUCCGAUGAAAGUUUAAGCAGUCUACUAGUUAAUUCAGGGAGUCAAUCAACACAUAGCAGCCCUAGAAAUAAAGAUGAUAUGGACGAUUUUAAGAAAACUAGCAUUUCAGCUAAAAUACAAAAAUUUGAAGCUAUAAGUGGUCAAAACUCUACGCCGACAUCGUCUUUAUCAGCAACUACAACAACGGCAACACCUACCAGCAGCCCUGAAAAAAACAAUAGCUAUACAGAACCAAUUACUGCAUGUAUGAGUCGCUCGGCGACCAGUCCAUCGCUUAAGCUCUUAACGGGUAACCGUUUACCAGGUAGUCCGCGUAUUGGUCUUCAAAUAGAAACAGAAAUAACACAACAAAUUCCUCUUGUACGUUCUACCUCAUUCACUUUGGAAGGACCAUCAAAAGUUCUCAUUGAUCAUAUGCGCCAACAAAAUCAAACCGUAGACGAAAAGAAUUUGCCUUCAUCAAAAAUGACCACAACAGCCUUCGCCCCAAGUAAAUCAUAUCACAGCCGAGCUACUAGUGAUACUGUCGAAUCAAAAGCUAAAAAGGUACAUAAGGUUGAAUCUAAAGCCUCGCGCUCCAAAGUUCAGUUGAAAAAUUCGUCAACUAAAUUGAUUGCUUCAAGUGCCUCUCCAUACAAUACAUCCACCUCGUCCCACAACUAUUGCCCUAACAUUAAUAAAAAUAAAAGAUCACCUUAUGAUCCCGUACAACUAACAAAAAAUUGUUCAACUAGUUUUCAAUCAUCUCAUAAAUUCUCAAUGCAUUCACGUAAAACGAUGCCGCCGACGAUAGCUGCAAGGAAUCCAAUAAAGUCUCGCAAUUCAGCAACAGCAAUACAAUCAGCUUUUCAGCAAAAUUAUGAUAACAAUCAGAAGCAAAAACAGCAAUUAUCAAAUAAUCAAGAGUUUCUGUCGAAUAUGGAUAUGGAACAAAAAGAGAAGUUCCUAAAACUUCUUGCUCAGCAAGAAGAGGAAAAACGUAGAUUGGAACGUGCUUUUGAGCUGCAACAAAAAUUUUUAUUGGAACAAUUAACCAAAGAAAUGGCAGACACACAUAUGCAUUUACCUAAUACUUCGGCAUCGGUUCCAUCAAGUGUAAUUAAUCAUCCGGAAAGUGCUCAAUUAAAUAUUUCCGGAUAUUCAUUGAAUAUUUCGCAAUCCCAAUCGGGAUAUUCCAAAAAUUCAUUGCAAUCCACACUUAGUUCACCAACUUUAAGUGUUAAUAGUUCAUUCGUUUCAAUUUCGGGAAUCCCUCCGCCAUCUAGUGCAACGCUUCCAACAUAUAAUACAUCUAAUUUAUCGCCCACCUCGAUUGUUGCUACGAUUCCAUUAAAUUCGUCAGUGAACAAUAAAACAGUGCCUUAUAGCCGUAAAUCUGGAUGCAAUACAGCACCGGUUGCCAAUGCUAUGAAUAACACAGUUAAGAAUCAUACGCCACGAAGACGCCUAUUUGCCCAAGACAUCAAUACAAUUGCAACGCCCUCGCAGACUAAUCCGUUAGGUUCCAUUGCCAGUCUCCGCAAACCAGAAAGUUUUAACACUGUCGAAAACAAUAUUGGUACACACUCCCGUGAAAGACGUACGAACUCCGUUUUAAUCGAUUAUUAUCGAAUCGAUAAAGUAUUCGAUAAAGUUGCCACGAAGAUUAACGCUCACGCCCGUGGCUAUCUGGUGCGACGACUUUUCCGUACAGAACAAAUUCAACGUAUAGUUCGGAUUAUACGCGAUACGUUGACUUUCGUCAUAAAUUUACAUUUUGAAACUUGCGAAAAUUCCGAAGAAGCGAAUGCACCUGAAAAUGUUAAAUUAAAAGCCCGUCUACUUCAACAGAUUACUUCAGCCGGCCAUUCGUUACAUUCAGUUUUCUUUGAGCUCUCGACGAAAGAGCGCUUAAAUAUAAUAGCUCAGGACCGUAAACGUAUCAAAAGUAAAUUAGCAGCUUUAAGUAAACGAGGAACGUCCAGAAUUGCCGGUUAAAUAUGAAUUACAACAAAUCGAGUAAUCAAUAAACUAAGAAAAAUGAAAUUGGAUGUGAGAUCCAAGUUCACAAUUAUAAUUAGAUAUAUAUAGAUAGUUAGAUAGAAGAUGGAAAAAUAAAGAGAUGA